CCAAUGGCCAUGACACACAGUUCACAAUCAACAGUGAACUGGAGUGAAUGUGUUGACUUGUCGCUAAAAUGUCACAAACACCGCGAGUUUGGCGAAAAUUCACAGUGAAAAGUAAAGAUGGUGAAUUAAAAUUACGUAUUCAGGACAUGCCGAGUGAUCGUUUGGACGAUCUUAACGAUAUCUUUUUGAAAUAUUUCGUUACGGAAGAGACAUCCCACAAAGCAGCAGGUAUACAUAAAAGUGAAGAAGCUCUGGCGGAAUCAAGAGAAUUAUUCGUCACAGAAAUGUCUACUGACAUUGCUAAAAGUCCACACAACUUAAUAAUAAUUAUAUGUUGUUUAGAUGAAGAUCCUGAAGUUGUUGGAGAAAUUAUUGGAGCGUCUAUAACAACAGUCGCAAAGAAAGAUGACCCUGAAGAAGAUAUGAAUUUCACGGAUAAAAAGACAAAAACUAAGGAGGUGGCAGCUAUGUUUGCAAUAAUAGAUAUACUUUUUUCAAAAUACGACGUGAUGAAGGAUCUGAAUCUCGACAGUUUCCUUGAUGACAGAGGAGUGGUAAUAAAUCCAAAAUAUAGAGGUCUUGGAAUUGCUCAAAUGUUCUUCAAUGUCAGGCGCCAGAUAUGCCAUAACCUUGGAAUACCUCUCACUGGAGCCUGGAUGACGUCAGCAGGCUCUCAGAAGGCAGCGGCCCGUGAUGGAUGGGAAACAGUCUUCGAGAUUCCAUACGAAGAAUUCGGGAAAGAAGCUGGAGUCGUGUUUGAAGAUGUACCACCUUCCUGUAAAUUUAUGACCGCCAAGCCAUUAUCGAUCUAGUCGUAUUUAAGCUCACUUUACUAGAGCUUUUAUUCUGUACUAGUGGAUUAUUAUUAACCCUGUACUCUCAGGGUAGCAUUGUGGCUACUUCUGCGAAAAUUAAAACCUUUCCAAAGAAA